AUGUUUUAUUUGGCAUUUGAAAAUUCUGUUUGUAAGGAAUAUAUUACUGAAAAAUUUUGGAAUUUGAAACAUUUAAUUGUGCCGAUAGUACUUAGUCGUCGUGUAUUCAACAAUACAAAAAUACCAGAUAAUGUGUAUAUUGCAGUAGAUGAUUUUAACAAUGUGGAGGAACUAGCCAAGUAUUUGCUUUAUUUGCAAAAGAAUGAAACAGCUUAUUUAAAGUUAGAAAUAUCGAUUAAUUAA